GGAACUAAAAGAUCAAAUGGCAUCAAGGAUGUUCAACCCAGGAGUGACCGAGGGACAAUCAACCACGAGGCCACCAUUGUUCGAUGGAACAAACUACUCGUAUUGGAAGGAGAGGAUGAGAAUCUUUAUCCAAUCCAACGACUACAAGCUGUGGUUGAUUGUGAAGAACGGCUACAGAGUCCCUAUGAAGAAAGUCGGUGAAGUCAACGUCCCCAAAACAGAAGAGGAGUUCACCAAAGAAGAUUGCAAAAAGAUGGAGCUCAACGCAAAGGCAAUAAACAUGAUUUAUUGCGGUGUUAAUGCGGAUGACUACCGCAAAAUCUCGCGGUGUGAAACCGCAAAACAAAUGUGGGAGAAAUUGGAGGUCACCUACGAAGGAACCAUGCAGGUUCGGGAGGCCAAAAUUGACCAUCUCACUCACGAGUAUGAACUCUUUUCAAUGAAGAAAAAUGAGAAGAUUGAGGAAAUGUUUGAGAGAUUCUCUAACAUCAUCAAUCCUCUCAAUCUUCUCGGGAAGACAUACACCGACCGAGAGCUCGUGAGAAAGGUGGUUGAAGAGAGGAACAAGAGGUCUAUUGCUCUACCCGCAACAACAUCAACCCACAACAACGUUGAUGAUGAAGAUGAUGACAGCGACGACACCGACCUCGGACUCUUUGUCCGAAAAUUCAAGAAGAUGAUGCUCAAGAAGGGAGCCAAGAAGAACACUCCACCCAAAUGCUAUGGGUGUGGUGAAAUUGGACACAUCAAACCAAUGUGUCCAAAGCUCAAGAACGAGAAGGACAAGAGGGCACCGAAGAAGCAACGUGCCUACAUUUCUUGGGAGAACGACGGCUCCGGGAGUGAAGACUCGGAAACGGAGGAAGUGGCCAACUUGUGUCUCAUGGCCAUUGAAGAUAGUGAUACAUCAAAAGAGGGAUUCCAUAAAGAUACGCAUGAGAGAAAGAACACUCAUUUUGAGUGUAUAAGGUGGCGUUUCCAAAUUUCCCUUCCCCGAGGGCCAAAGCGAAGAGUGUUUGAAGAUGAAGAUUCAAGCAUGAUAGCAUUUCGCUCUGAAGAUGAACCUGAAGAAAACUCGAGUUUGAGGGCAAACUCUUUCAGAGAAGGGGAGGAUGUUAUAUCCAGGGUCACUGCAUCCAAGUUGCGAGACAUAUUUCAACAUAUGGCCGAAUUUCCCACUCCAAAUAUCCAUAAACACAACCCCAUUUACCAAGGAUAGAGAUAAAAACAUCAAGGAAUCAAAACCAUUGAUUAAAUAGUGCAAACUUUGUCAUAUUAUCCUUAAUUGUCAAAGUUACAAUUUUCCUUGAUUCCCUUCUCACAUGGCAGGAAUUAAUGAUCCAUAUUAAGCCAAAAAUCCCAGCCUUUUAACCUCCUUUUCCUGGUCAAUGAGUGCUGCCCACUAAGAUUAAUAAUACAUGGAUAUUAAUCACAUGAUUUGUAGGAAAGUAAAAUGUAGUUUCCCUU